UUUUCAGAGAAUUCAGCGAAAGUUAAUAAGUGCAAUUCAACGAACAAAUCAUGGCGGAUCAGUUGAACAAGGCCAUGGGCGACUUGUCCGUGGAGACGAUCGCCUUGCCGGAAAAGCGUGCUCCUGGUAACAUCGGAGCUAAGACCGAGUUUAUCACGAAUCUGACCCCCUUAUCACUCAAACCGAACAUCCCUUUUUUCAAAUAUGACAUCCGCAUGUAUGUAGUGUACAAAGGGGCAGAUGGGCAGGAGCGUUUGAAGGAGCUCACCAAACAAACGAAGGAUGACUUCCCUGAGCAAGAGCGAAAAACUGCAACCGUUUUGGUAUACAAGAAUCUGUUGAAAUGCCACGCAGAUAUGUUCCCGUCUGACGGGGCACUAUUUUACGAUCGCGCCGCGAUAUUGUUUUCUGCUCAGAAGCAGAUCAAACUGGAUGGCGAGGAGAAAACCUUCAAUCUGCCUGCUAGUGUCAUUCCUAACGGGGGGACUGACGCUGAAUCGAUCAGAGUCGUGAUCAAAAAAGUCACGGACGGAUUCCAAGUCACUUCAAAUGAUCUUGCCAAAGCCGUCAAUGUUCGUGAGCUAGAAAAAGACAAAGGACUGCUUGAAGUUUUGAACAUUGCCAUGUCUCAGAAAGGAUAUCUAGAAACCUCGCAGUUUGUGACUUACGGGUCUGGAGUGCAUUACCUAUUCGACCAUCGUGCUUUGGGCUUCAGAGACAACGAAGUACCUGAACUCAUGGAUGGUAAAUACAUGGGAAUAGGAGUAACAAAAAGCGUAAAAGUGCUGCAAGGCGACAAAGGUCCUAGUGCCCCCACGGCGUUCGUUGUGACCGAUAUCACAAAGGGAGCGUUUCAUAUCGACGAUCAGAACCUGCUUGAGAAAAUCUCUUCGUUGUCAAUCUUCAUAGACCCUAGGUCGGGGCAAUCACGUUUCACCGUGGAAGCGGCCAUGCAGAUCUACAAUCAGAAGUCUAUUUUGCAGAUAAUCAAAGGCCUCUACGUCAAAACGAUGUACGGGAAGAAACGAACGUUCCCCAUUGGAAAUCUCGCGCAACCAGCGAAUCAGCUGAAGUUCCAAACAACGGAUGGCUCGCAAUGUACCGUUGAAGAAUACUUCAGAAAACACUACAAUAUUACUCUGAAGUAUCCAAACAUAUUCACUGUGUCGGAGCGACACAACCCGCACACAUAUUAUCCCGUAGAACUCCUGACGGUUGCUCCGUCGCAAAGGGUCACCUUGCAGCAACAAACGCCAGACCAAGUCGCCACAAUGAUUAAGGCGUGUGCGACAUUGCCGCAGACUCGUCUCAAUCAGACCAAAAUUUUGAAGGAUGCGUUAAACAUCAAGAAUGGAAAUCCAUAUCUGAAAGCUGCUGGAAUUGACAUUGCUAACGGGUUCACGAAGGUUCAAGGAAGAGUACUUCCAUCACCGUCGAUUGUCUAUGGAGGGAAUCAGUUGAUCAAACCUGUGGAUAAUUGCAAAUGGAACGGCGACCGCUCACGUUUCCUGGAACCAGCAAAACUGUCCAACUGGGCAGUUUGCGCCACUUUGACGCAGAACGAUGCUCGUCGAUUACACAUCAAGGACUAUGUAUCGCGCAUUGAAGGACGUUGCCGCCAACGCGGAAUGGAAGUCGAACCAUGCGCCGAGGUUUUCACCCUUCAGCGCCAGAACUUCGACAGUCUCAAGGAGUGGUAUGCUUCACAGAAGGCAAAGAAUCGUAACUACUUGAUGUUCAUCACAUCUGAUAACAUCAAGCAGCACGAUCUCAUCAAGCUAUUAGAAAUAGAGUACCAGAUUGUUUCACAAGAGAUCAAAGGAUCAAAGGUGGAUGCUGUCCUGGUAAAAAAUCAGAAUCAAACCCUCGAUAAUGUCGUGGCAAAGAUCAACGAAAAACUCGGAGGCGUCAAUUACAACAUAUUGCUAGGCGCAAAACCAAAUGACACCGCGAGCAAAUGGUUGUGUGACAAGGAUAGGCUGUUCGUGGGAUUCGAAAUUUCCAAUCCACCGGCGUUGUCAAAGUCAGAGCUGGAGCGCGGAGCCAGUUACAAGAUGCCUUCCGUGUUGGGUUGGGGCGCAAAUUGCGCGAAGAACAGCCAGCAAUAUCUUGGUGACUAUGUCUACAUCGAGCCGCGCCAAUCUGAUAUGAUGGGCGCUGUGUUAGCCGAACUCAUUGUUGAUAUCCUGAAAAGAUUCCGCGCCGCUACUGAUUUGGCUCCUCGCCACAUUGUUCUCUACUUCUCAGGAAUUUCUGAAGGACAGUGGAGCCUGGUGGCAACCACCUACAUCCGCGCUAUACAAGCUGGUAUCAAAUCUCUGUCAAGCAACUAUAAACCAAGUCUUACUGCGUUGACAGUAUCCAAGGAUCACAACGAGCGCAUCUAUAAAGCGAAUAUUACUGGGAACCGCGCUGCAGAACAGAAUAUUCCACCUGGAACCAUCAUCGAUACAACAAUUGUCUCUCCUGUCAUCAACGAAUUUUACCUCAACUCCCAUUCAGCAUUCCAGGGAACCGCCAAAACGCCGAAAUACGCUUUGGUUUUCGAUGAUUCCAAAAUCCCCAUCGAUGUCAUUGAGAGCAUGACGCAUGGGUUGUGCUACUUGCAUGAGAUAGUAACUGCUACUGUUAGCGUUCCAGCGCCUUUGAUCGUUGCUGAUCGUUGUGCGAAGCGUGGACACAAUGUCUAUAUUGCCAAUUCGAAUCAAAGGAAACCAGUUGGCAGCAUCAAGGAGGCCAACGCGAAACUCGUCAAUCAAGGACAGUUACAGAAAGUCCGUUACAACGCCUAAUUAUCAGGAUCUUCUCUGCCUUGUCGCCGGGUUACUUAAUCUCUCACUAUUCGUGUUUUUAUGUACAUUAUGUGUAAAUUGUUCUUUGGAUAUAUAUGUUCACCUAAUUUCGAAGAUGCCUAACAUUGUAGCAUAAGGGCUACGGAUUUUUUUCUGCCAUCGCAUGCAUCUAGCAUAGUAUUAGACUUAUUUCAUCAGUAUUAUUGUUCAGUUUUUCUAAUCCUUCUAUCUAAUGAAUUUUGUGAAGGUACAAGUGUUUUCGUUGCAGAAGUAAAAAGUAAAAUGAC